GCGUCUUGUUCCCACCGCCGCCGCUCUCCCUCAUCUCCUUCCAAUUUUUCUUCCAAAUAAAAACCAGCCGCAGCGGGAGGUGGCGCGACGCGAACCCACCCACCCUGCGAACCCGGCCGCGAAAUUCUCCUCUCGGAUUCCGCCGCCGCGAACCGUCCCCUCGACGAGGCUGCUGCCGUAGAAUUUUCUUAUCAUUCGAAUAGUUGAUGAGCGAGAAUACAGAGCAAGAAUCUUGAUGGUGCGUGUGGUACAACUUGGUUAAGGAAAGCUGACUGCUUGAAGUGACCAUGUUGGACCAUCUUGCUAUCAUUGCGUCUGAGUUAGGGGACGACGCAACGGAUUUUGAGGUUGAUGGCAUCGACAACCUCAGCGAGAACGAUGUCAGCGACGAGGAGAUCGAUGCCGACGAGCUCGCCCGACGAAUGUGGAAGGACAAGGUCAAGCUCAAGAGGAUCAGGGAGAGGCAGCAGAAGCUUGCCCUGCAGCGGCUGGAGCUGGAGAAGACCAAGACAAAGAAGAUUUCAGACCAAGCCCUCCGGAAGAAGAUGACGAGGGCCCAGGACGGGAUCCUCAAGUACAUGCUCAAGCUGAUGGAGGUGUGCAAUGCCCGAGGGUUCGUGUACGGGAUCAUUCCUGAGAAAGGUAAGCCUGUCAGUGGUGCGUCCGAUAACAUCAGGGCCUGGUGGAAGGACAAGGUGAAGUUUGACAAGAAUGGGCCAGCAGCGAUCGUGAAAUACGAGCUUGAGAACUCGAUGCUGAGCAACCCUAAGGGCGGCGGAGCCAUGGACCAGCAUAGCUUGAUGGACCUCCAAGACGGCACUCUGGGCUCAUUGCUUUCAGCGCUGAUGCAACACUGCAGCCCGCAGCAGCGAAGCUAUCCAUUGGAUAAGGGUGUCCCGCCCCCUUGGUGGCCAACAGGGAACGAGUCGUGGUGGCCUGCGUUGGGCCUCCCAAAGGGAGAAGCGCCUCCGUACAGGAAACCGCAUGACCUGAAGAAGGUUUGGAAAGUUGGUGUCCUGACGGGCGUGAUCAAGCACAUGGCCCCAAACUUCGAUAAGAUCAGGAACCGUGUAAGGAAGUCGAAGUGUCUGCAGGACAAAAUGACUGCAAAGGAGAGCCUCAUCUGGCUUGGUGUUCUACAACGCGAGGAGAAGUCUGUUCACGGCUUUGGCAGUGCUUUACUACAGAAUGCUCGGCAUAGUAGCACUUCAGAGGACAGAAACGAGGGCAUAUAUAGCAGCAGUGACGAGUAUGAUGUCGACCGCCUCGAGCAGCCUCCUCGUUCCACAUCAUCCAAAGAGGACGAGGGAGACGCUCAGCCUGUCUUGCAGAUUAGAGGGGAGCAGACCUCAACUAGAGGAACUAAUAAGAGAAGGCGCCAUGACACAUCCUCCAACCAACUAGCUAUUAGCAAGGAAGAGAUGAGUAAAUCUAAAUCUCAACAGCGGAAAGGCCCCUCAACCCGCCCUCCUGUUGCCGAGGUUGAGGUUGAAGUGACACAAAGAAACGACAAGACGCCAGAAGUAGUGUGCAGUGCAGCUGGUGGUGAUAUGAACUUUAUCGACCCAAUUGAUGCGGUGGGCAUUACUAACCUGCCAAUGAGCCCUAAACAUGUCCCCCCUACAAUUGGAGCUUUGCAGCAGCACGGAGAUUGUCGAGGGAAUUUUCUAUCUCCUGCUGCUGCCAUCAACUACAACAGCAGCAACAGCAACCAGGCAGCAAGUGCUGCUCAAUCAAACACUUAUCUGGGAGGCCAUCCUCUGGCUUGUGAAGGCAGUGAUAUUGCCAACUCAUGGUCCGGACACUCAUUUCAGCAGGAUGUUGGUCUUGGGCCUCCUAUUGGUUUUGAUCCUUCACCAGUUGCUCACCAGGGUUCGGCAGUGCAGCAGCCACUGCCACUGCCACUUCCACUUCCUAUGGAUCACCAAGCGCCUAUCACGGGAUCAGGAGCUCUCGCCACGAACGGCUCUUACAGUCUCCCGACAGCAGGCGGUGUGAGUUCUGGGACAAUCGUCAGCGAGACCCACCAGCAGCUCAUGGACAACCCUUUCUUCGGCGACGCCGGAGACAGCUCUUUUGGCGGUCUUCCUUUCAGCCUCCUUCCUUUCAGUAGUCCGAUGCUUAACUUCGAUGAAUUGGAUGAGUUGGUGGACGACGACGACUUGAUGCAGUACCUCGGCACAUAACACAGUGUGUCCAAUGAAUGUGCUCGGUGCAGCCUGUUAGGCUUUUUCGGGGAGAGUUUGGUAACAUGCUGAUGGAGCGGCGGGAUGUUGAUGUAGCUGCAGCUCGUGACCCAUUCAUUUGUGGCACCGUCCUGAGAAGGCCAUUGCUUUUGUAAUAUAACAACAACGAAUAAUGUAGUUUAGGGUGCUCUCUUGACUGUACUGGAUGUUAAAUGGCAUUGCCGUCGUAAGCAGGGAACUUGUAGCCUGUAGAGCAAGUUAGCAA